UAUCAAAUUAUAAAUAUUAAAAGCUUUGGUAUAUUUCAUUAAAGGGAUCCAACUUGAUAGAACGAAGACCAUAAUCCAAUCAUAUAUACAGGGGCGUAAUAUAUCACAUGAGUGUUUCAAUCAAAUCAAGUCCUUCGAAAUCAAACGAUGUAAAGAGUGAAGACAAUGGUAAUGCUAUUAAUGAUAAGAUAAAUGAUAAUAAUAAAGAUGACAAAUCGAUAGAUAAUAAUGAUAAUAAUGAUGAUGAUACAUUAGUGAAUUCUCCAUCUGAGGGGGCUGAUGAUGUUGAGAAUUCGAUCUUAUCUGAUCCUGAGGAUUAUUUGGAAGAGAAUGAAUCAUUGGAUAUGAAUUUAACUAAUGGGAAUCAAAAUAUUUGGUUAGUUAAAUUACCAAAAUAUUUAGCAGAAAGAUGGUCGAAUGAAAGUAAUCUUAAUGGAGCUAAAUUAGGGACGGUUAAAAUUAAGAAAAACACAGGAGGAGCUAAUAGUAAACUACAGGUGAAAUUGGUUUUAAAUGAUGAAGCCAAUUCUAAUGCCAAUGAACCUAAGAUACCUCAAGAAUAUGAUAUAUCAAUUUUAAAUACUCAAGUUCGUAAUACAUAUGUGUUUAGUGAAGAGAAUUUAAAGAAGUUUAAACAAGAAUUGACUGAAGUUGGACAAAUGCCCGAACAACCAAAAGUUCCUGAAAAGCCUAAGAAUACUAAAUUUCAACCUCGAAGACAAUUUAAAUUUUUUAGAGUUCAAAAGAAUGGUAAUGAUGGACCUAUAAGAAAAUAUAUUCCAUUUGUAAAGACCAUUCCUAAGAAAACAUCUUUAAUUGGGAAAAUAUGUCAUGAUUGUCAAAUCAUUCCUUCUAAAUCUGAUUCUCAAUAUAAUAAAAUCUUAAUUGAUAGAAAGAAUAUCGUUAAAGGACCAGAAAGACCUAAAGUUACAUUUCUUGAUGAAAUACCGGGGGUGAUUCAAUCCAAUGCUGGACCAUCGAUUAGAGGUAACAAUACAUCAGUCUUUUUAAAAUCAACUCAUGCUAAAAAGAAUGCUGAAGGUAGAGCUAUUAGAAUGCCAAAGAAGGAUUUAUUAGAUUUAUUAUUCCGAUUAUUUGAAGAAUAUGAGUAUUGGUCAAUGAAGGGGUUAAAGGAAAGAACAAGACAACCAGAAUCAUAUUUGAAAGAAUCAUUAGAUUCAAUUGCUAAUUUAAUUAAAAAGGGUCCAUAUACAUCUAAAUAUAAUUUAAAACCUGAAUUUAGAAGAUUAAGAGAUGCAGAUAGAGCAGUUAGAUUAGGAUUAGAUGUGGAGGAAGAAGAUAAUAAUAAAGAUAAUGACGAUGAAGACGAUGAUCUUGAAAUGGAAGACGUGGUUUGAAAUGGAAGAUGUCUACAGGUCCUAUUAUGUGUUUUUUUUUGUUUCUUAUUAUAUAUUAAAUAUACAAGGUUUUUUAUCCAAUCUCGUAAAAAAUUAUGACUAUGAUUUAUAAAUGAUGAAUCUCUUUCUAUUAAUGUGAACCAUAAGUAUA